ACAGGUUACAUGGGAGACGGCAAGACGUACUGCAACUCGAUCGGCUGCCCGGGCGGGUACACCCCCAUCCCCAACGCCUGGGAGGUCGAGUGCGACGACGAUCCGUGCGAGGUCUCCCAGUGCUGCGAGGCCUACUGCAGCUACUUCGCGUGCCCCGACGGCUACAACCCCAUCGAGGACGCCGGCACGACCCGUUGCACCAACGACGACUGCACCGCCGACCAGUGCUGCUCAUAAGAGACAAACGUGGAAUACUGGUGAAAAUGUCAACACUACUCUAAUCCGGCCAUCCGUAACUGUUAGAAGGCUGUGCCGUGGGUUUGUCCCUUAUCUCUUGCUCUGGACUACUCGACGUGAAACCUCAGUUUUACGUUGUGACUAACGAAGGUCGCGUGUGGAAGAACAGUAGAAGUGGUGAUGUUGGGUGAGUUUCAGCAGGGAUAGACCAGGACGCUACGCCUGUCUACUUCAGUAUAUUUUGGAGGUAGAUUCGUGGAUUGUUUUUCGUGGAUAAAUGCAUAGCUAGUCUUGGUGACGGGGUGGCCAGCGAAGAGUGUGUGGGAGAACAGAACAUCGUUGUGACGGAGCGCUUCGGCAGGGAUCAAGACGCAUGCCUGCCACUUAUCGGCCUAGGUUUUGCGUAUUAAUGGUAGCCUGACUGCAAUUUCGAAGACGAGAUUGGUCUGAAUGGAGACGCUUCUUGUUUCCUGUGAACUCGGCCCAUGUGUCCGGAACACAUGCCCCAACUGGGCGAAGUAAGAGAGCGAACGUCCAGAACACCAAGGACACACGGUACUCACGUGCAACCUGGGCUGAUAGGACAGUUGGCUUAUGCCUAUAGAUCAAUGCCGGCCUACUCUAGCAGACAGAUUCACCAUCUAGUCUGUCGUAGGAACCAUUCGAUCGGGUGUGGAUGCCCCGACGACAGCCUUCAAGCACGUGCUCGAAGACCAUAUCUUUGUUCGUUCGGUGUGAGCUUGUGCAGUGAGAAGCAGCUCGGUUACAGUUACGUCCGUAGUGCGCGAAAUCUUCGUCGAGAUCCGAUCACGUCACGUACUGAAAGUACUGAUACGGCGUGUAUGAUUCCAACAUAAGGGAUAUUUUAUUCAUCACAAUAGACGCAACACAUUUGCCGGUCGUUGUGCAGCAGUCACCUCCCCGCCUUAAGGGC